CUUUCCCCCUUCCUGGUGAUGCCUUUGCCCCCUUGGGUAGAGUUUUGCCCAAGUGGGGCCCAUAGGGGAGGAUGGAGUUUCUUGGGACCCCUCAGACCGCCAGUUACUGUGGCCCAAAGAAAACCUGUGGCUUCACCACGCGGCCCCGGGCUGCGCAGUCCCCUGCAGCCCACGAGUGCUACCAGCCCUAUUACCUGCCCGGGUGCCGCUACGCCAACUCGUGGAGGCCCAGCCUCUUCCACAGGAUCUCCGAUGCCCACACCUGCCAGGAAGAGUGUCCCAGCACCCUGCGGCCGUCCACCAUCCUGCCUGCCCUCCGCUCUGCGCUCCUCUGCCGCUACACCCCCAAGGACUGGGACCGGUCCAACCAGCUGCAGCUCCUCGGGGCUGAGGCCUCCCGGCUGUGGGCUGGCCGGCUGGGGGGCGACUCCAUGCGGCUCAUGCAGGACAAGGACCAGCUGACACGCCAGAUGCAGGAGGGCACCUCCCGGAACCUGGGCCAGAGGCUGUCGGACAUCGGCUUCUGGAAGUCAGAGCUGAGCUACGAGCUGGAGAGGCUCGUGACUGAGAACCACAAUAUGGACAUGAUAAAGAAGCGGCUGGAGUGCGCGAUGGACCAGAUAAACUGCCCGCUGCAGGUGGCCCUGGAGUGUCUGUACUACCGAGAGAAAAGGAUCGGGAUUGAUCUGGUCCAUGACAACGUGGAGAAAAACCUUAUCCGGGAAGUAGAUUUGCUAAAAUGUUGCCAAGAACGGAUGAAAAAAUUAGGUCAAAGAAUUGAUAUCCAGAUGCGGGAUAACCGCCACGCUCAGCACACGCUGGAGAAGGACUUUGAGGACAAAAGCUCAGCCCAGUUUAUCGAUCAGAAGUGCUUUAACCUGAGAAACACGUCAGAGUGCAUCGGCUUCUUCCAUGGCGUGGAGAAAGUCGACGGCACGGUCUCGGUGCCUGAGACCUGGGCCAAGUUCAGCAACGACAACAUCAGGCACUCUCAGAACAUGCGGGCCAACUCCAUCCGGCUGCGGGAGGAGGCGGAGCACCUCUUUGAGACCUUGUCGGAUCAGAUGUGGAAGCAGUUCACGGACACCAAUCUGGCCUUCAACGCCCGCAUCUCGGAGGUGAUGGACGUGAAGAAUAAGCUGCAGACACAGCUGGUGAAGACACUGCAGGAGAUCUUCCAGGCGGAGAACACCAUCAUGCUGCUCGAAAGGGCCAUCAUGGCCAAAGAGUGCCCGCUGAAGGUGGCACAGACCAGGCUGGAGUGCCGGACCCAGCGCCCCAACGUGGAGCUGUGCAGGGACAUCCCACAGUCCAAGCUCGUGAACGAGGUGUUCACCAUCGACGACACCCUGCAGACCCUCAAGAUGAGGCUGCGGGAGACGCAGGACACGCUGCAGCUGCUGGUGAUGACCAAGUCCCGGCUGGAGCACGAGCUGGCCAUCAAGGCCAACACGCUGUGCAUCGACAAGGAGAAGUGCAUGGGCAUGCGCAAGACCUUCCCCUGCACCCCGCGCCUGGCGGGCUACACCUGAGCGGCCGCCGCCCGCCCUCGGCGCC